AUGGAUAAGGACACUCUACUCAAAUCUUUGGCUGGUACGCUCGAUGCAAGUUAUGAGACAAGAAAGAGAAGUGAGGAGCAGUUGCGGUAUUUUGAAGAAAUGCCGGGGUUCACUGCAUACUUACUUGAUCUUAUCACUGAUUCUUCUGUGAACUUGGGAGUCCAGACUUCUGCAGCCAUUUUUUUCAAGAACAGAGUCUCUGCGUACUGGAUCAUCCCAGAGCUCAAAGCUCCUUCUGCCAAGUACAUCCAACAAGAUGAAAAGAAUGCGAUCAAGAACAAGUUGGUUGAGGUGGUGAGCAAAACAUACAAGAACAAUCAGUUAAGAGUUCAACUAUCCACUGCGUUAAGUUGUAUUUUGAACCAUGAAAAAUGGGAUGAACUAGCAGCUAUCAUUCCUAAGUUGUUGAGUGACACAUCCAAUGUUGACCAUGUCUUCACAGGCUUGAUUUGUUUGUUCCAAUACACCAAAAACUACAGGUAUGCGGGCAUUGACUCUCCUAAUUCUAAGAACAUUGUUUUGGAGAGCAUCUCAGAAGAAACAUUCCCUAUUUUGGAAGGCUUAGCAGGAAGUUUGUUGAACGAUGACUCCCCAACUUCGGAUGAAAUGUUAUACUUGAUUUUAAAGAUAUUUAAGUAUACUACUUUCACCAGCUUGCCAACGUAUUUGCAAGACCUGGGGAAGCUUGGUACCUGGUGUCAGAUCCAUCUCAUGCUUAUCAACAAACCUUUGCCUGCUUCUCUUUCGGAAGCUGAUUCAAAUGAAAAGAGCUCUAACCCUAGAGUUAAGGCCGUCAAAUGGUGCUUUGGAAAUAUUCACAGACUCUUAUUGCGCCAUGGUGGAGGUAUUGGAACGAAAUCAAAGGAUUCUGAGUUCGUUAAGCUGUUUUUGUCUAACUUCGUUCCAGAAAUUUUGAACGCCUACUGGUCGAUCGUUGAAAAAUGGUCUACCAAAGAGGUUUGGUUGUCUGAAGGCUCCCUCUUCCACUUGAUUUCUUUCCUUGAACAGCUCAUUGAAACACCUGCUUUCCCUUUGAUUCAAGAGAAGAUGGAAGCCAUAAUCAAGCACGUUCUCUUACCGACAUUGAACGCUUCUCCCGAAAUCAUCGAAUUGUAUGAAGAUGAACCGGAGGAAUACAUCAGAAGAUUUUUUGACAUCAGUAGAGAUAACACGACAGCUGAUACGGCAUCCAUCAACUUUCUCUGCAGAUUGUCCUCAACCAAAUUUUCAGCUUGUGGACCUUUGAUACUCUCCAUCAUUAACAACAUUUUCGAAAGAAGGGCUGCUGACAGAAGCAACUUACAAGUUGCUAUGGAGACAGAAGGAGCACUUCGUACAUUAGCAACAAUCUCCUACAAGUUGGAUAAGAAGUCGAGUCCUGUGAAGGGCCAGAUUGAUCAACUUUUGCACUCAGUUGUUUAUCCAGAACUCUCUCAGGAUGUCAUUUCCAAGACACCAUGGCUCACUGCUAGAGCAUGUGACACUAUCGCUAUGUUUGUCCAUAAAUUUAAAGACCAAUCCAUUUUGCAAGAUAUCUUCCAUGGCGUUGUCUUCUGUUUUCAGCAAGAGGACCAUUUCCCUAUUCAAUUGACUGCCAUUGAUGCCUUGCGCACUUUGGUGGAAGAAGACUCCGUCGCAGCCCAAGUCGCCCAGCAGGCACCUCAAUUGAUGGGCACUUUGCUUGACAUGUCUAAAAACUUUGAAAGUGACAUAUUGACUACAGUUAUGGACGUUUUUGUGGAGAAAUUCGCCAUGAAUUUGGAACCAUACGCAAACGAGCUUUCUGUUCGUUUAGUGGAACAAUUCUUGAAGUUGGCUCAUGAGCUUUUGGAGAAAUCUGAUGGCCACACUGAUAUCGACAAGGAGUACCAGGCAGCCGGUAUUUUGAAUACAUUAACAUCCUUGGUCAUAUCUAUGAAUGCAUCUCCUCAAGUUUCUGCCCAUUUGGAGAUUAUUCUCAAGGAUAUGAUCAAAUUCAUUUUGGAGAAUUCAAUGCAACUGUUCUUAACUGAAGUUAUGGAGAUGUUGGAAUCGAUUUUGUUCAGCACCAACAAAAUGAGUCCAAUUAUGUGGGAACUUUAUCACACAUGUAUCGCUUGCUUUGAUACAUACGCUGCAGAUUUCUUUGACACAUUCCAUCCCUUCUUGGAGGGAGUUGUCCUCAACUCCUUUGGCACAGAUGAAAUCACAAUCGAUAACCCAAACGUGCAAUCAUUGUUCAAGGUUUGUUUCCAAGUCUUAACAGGUGAUAAUGUUGACCCUGUUUUCGCCCAUUUUGCAUUUGAGUUGAUCGAGUUUGCUGUGUUGACUUUGAAUAAGAAGUUUAUUCCGUUCAUGCCACAAUUCUUACCAGAGAUCUUCAAUAUUUUCUCUACUUUGGAAGCGCAAGAUGCUUUCGAUGGUUACAUGUUGCAUCAUUUGUCUAUCCUAAAAAUCUUCUUUGCCUGCUUGUUUGUGGAGCCCCAGACCACUUUGCUGUUCAUGAACGAAAAGCAAUUUACGAGCACUUUUUACAAGUUGUGGAUCAAAUACACCGACGACUUCCAGAGUGUGUAUGGAUGCAAGCUUCAAACAUUGGGCAUCCUUGUCCAUUGUUAUUGA